AUGCCUUCAUUCUCUCGCCUCGUCCGCUUCUUGGCCCGGGACGGCCGCACCUACUAUGGCGAUGCCAUCUUGCCCCGCGGCGUUACUGAUAUCAGCAAAGCACGCCAAGCCCACAUCAUCAAGGGCGACAUCUUUGGCAAGCACGACGUCACCGACCAGGUCGUGGACAUCCGGACGCUUCUGGCCCCCCUGGCCCCCGAGGACGUCCGGACGGUGAGGUGCCUCGGGCUUAACUAUGCGGCCCACGCAAAGGAGUCCAAGAUGCCCAUCCCCCAAUACCCCGUCGUCUUCUAUAAACCCGCGACCUCCCUGACCGGGCCAUCGGAUCCGAUCCCCGUCCAUCCCAUGGCCCAGCAGCACACCGGCCUCGACUACGAGUGCGAGCUGGUGGCCGUCAUCGGCAAGCCCUGCUCCGACGUGCCCGAGUCGCGCGCGCUCGACUACGUGCUCGGCUACGCGGUCGGCAACGACGUGUCGCACCGCGACUGGCAGCUCAAGCUCGGCGGCGGGCAGUGGUCCCUGGGCAAGGGCUUCGACGGCUGGGCGCCCUGGGGCCCCGGUAUCGUGAGCCGCUCCGUCAUCCAGGACCCCCAGGCGCUGGCCAUCCGCACGCGGGUCAACGGCCAGACCAUGCAGGAGAGCACGACCGCGGACAUGAUCUUUGGCGUGGCCAAGACCAUCGCGUUCCUGAGCCAGGGGACGACGCUGAUGCCGGGAGAUCUUAUCUUUACCGGGACGCCUCAAGGUGUCGGCAUGGGCAGGAACCCCCAAGUGUGGUUGAAAGAUGGGGAUGUCGUCGAGGUCGAGUUGGAGGGCGUUGGGACCUGCACGAACAAGGUUGAGUUUAGCCCCGCGAGGGAGGCAAAGCUAUAA